AAGAGUUUACGUCAAGGCGCCUUUGACACAGCAAACCCGGGGUGCGUGCGAGUGCAGGAAAAAAUCGUCCAUUAGUGACAAGUCUUUCGAAGGACCGAGGGAAAGUUAUUUGCUGCGUUCGCUGCUGGGACUUUAGUAAGCUCAAAUCGGCGUGUUCGGACGAAAGCGAUAGGAGAGUGCGGAGAAAUCGACGACGACCAAAAGAUGUCGACAAGCGUCAACAACGACGUUGAGCACGGCGGGGGGGAUGACGCGAGCAUGCCGCUGCUCCCUCUGGCGGUAGACUUUGCGGAGCAUACCGUGCAGGCCGGCGACGACGAGCACAAGAGCCGGUACUCCGCCCACAGGGGGUGGGCGUGCGCUUUCAAGGUCAACGUGCUCGUCACCGUGUUGGCCGCCUUUUGGUUUGGCUUCGAGGGGCUAGAGGCCCUAGCGAACGACUCCCUCUCUGGGCAGGGGCGCCGGCGGCUCAUGCACCACGAGCACGGGGAUGACCACUCGCACCACCACCACCACGAUAACGGCGGCGAAGGCGAAGAAGGACACGGAGGAGCACACCUCAGCAACGUCAUCGUCGGGGGCGUGGCCCUCCUCGGCAUCGCCUCCCUCGUCUCCGCCGGCAUGCUCCACUCCCUCUUCCGCUGCGGCCGCGGCUUCCUGGCCGCCUCGUACGCCGUGUUCGUCGGCAUCAUCGGCGCCGCCGCCGGCGUGAUGUUCCUCGUGGGCGCCGUUCCCGCCGCCGUGGUGUUCUCGGUCGUGUUCGUGUUCGGGCUGGUGGCCCUGCGGCGCAGGAAGCAUCGCUUCGCGUUCGGCUCCGCCAACCUCAAGGUCGCGUCCAUGGCCAUCAGGGACAUGCCCUGGACCUACCGCUCCGCCAUCCUGAUGGGCAUCGUGCAGUUCCUGUGGUGCAUGGUUGCCGCGAUCGCCGCCCUGGGUUCCUUCGUCGCUCUCGAGACGGUCGCCGCCCCGGACGGCUCGUCGCACCGCGCGAUCUACUGCCUCGACUUCGCGGACGGCGGCGACGGCGGCGGCGGCGGCGAGGACGUUUUCGCGGCCCAGAACUCGUGUGUGUGCAACGGCACCAAGAUCUCCGACGGGGAGUGCGAGUUCAGCGGCCUUGGCCUCCCCCUGAUGAUGGUCUGGCUGUGCUCAAUGGCGUGGGGCUGCGGCGUCAUCCGUAACGUGGUCGCUUGCACGGUCUCCGGCUCCGUGGCGUCGUGGUGGUUCACCCCCGAAGAGGACUCCACUCCGGUGAAGGGCGCGUUCCACCGGGCAACCACCUCCUCUUUCGGGUCGCUGUGCAAGGCAGCAGCGAUCCAGCAGCUCAUCGCCGCCGCCUGCAAGGUCGCGCAGCGCGUGCUCCGCUACGUGCCCUGCGCCACGACGCUCCUGGCGUGGCUCAACAAGGCCGCCAGCUACGUCCUCGCCUACACGGUCGCCUUCAUCGGCAUCUACGGUCUCAGCUUCAACGAAGCCGGUGGCCGAGUCCGCGAGAUGUUCCAGCGCCGCGCCGUGACCACCCUGGCCAACGACAUCGUGGUGGAGGUGGGGCUCCGCCUUCUCGCCCUGUCCGCCACGGUCGUCUACGCCCUCGUGACCGGCGUCAUGACCUUCGGCGCUUUCAUGCGCGUCGGUGGCCCCGCCAUCUUCGACGACGAAGAAGCAGCAGCGGGAGACAGCAAGGACGGCGAUGGUUCCGUGGUGGACUCGGUGGAGUUCUGGUCGGUUGUGGGACCCCAGAUCUUCGGCGUGGUGGCCCUGGCGUUCCUGGUGUCGACGGUGCUGGAGGUGGUGCGGUCCGGGUUCAAGGCCGUGUUCGUCUGCUUCGUUCAGGACCCCGAGGUGCUCGCCGAGAAGCACGGACACGAGGUUCACGCCGAGCUCCAGUCGGCGUGGCAGCACAUGCACGGCACCCCGCAGGGAAACGGCGACGGGCGGUCCGCCACCGGUCAGUCGCAGUAGAGCCUGGUCGUCGUCUUCCCCCUGCCUCAAAAGCGGAAGCGGUGUGACGAAUAGGCUACCGCUCGAGCAAGCAUGGCACUCGUUAAGGGCCGCGGGCGGCACACUUUUGCCGAACCGAAGCAGUGUGAGUUUGCGUGCAGGCAGGCUACCGUUCGCGCGAGUGAGAGACCCCCCCCCCCCCCCUUUCUCUCUCUCUCUCUCUUUCUCUCUCUUUCUCUCUCUCUCUCUUUGUCUUGCGUGUGGACGAUGCUGGUACCAUCGAACCACCCGCCCCAGCAGUCGUGGCUUGUUCCGGGUUGGCGGUCGAGCGCCCGCCUUCCACGCGAGAACGGCGAUCGCCUUCCCUUGAAUUGUGGUCGUGUGUGGUUUUUUUCGUCGGUUUGUUCUUUGUUGUGUUUUCGUUCUGAGUUGGAUAAUGUAGAUUGCGGCGGCGGGGGGAGGAGGCAAUGGCGCAGCAGGGGAGCGAUUACGGCAUGGAAUCGCGGCCGACACCCGGCAGGGGCCUCCGCCAGAGGCAACGCUCGCGUUGCCGGGUGAGCCAUCCGCCGGCCCCCCUUCCAUUUAUCGUAGAAAGGAUGGCGGCUUGUACAUUCGCAUAUCGGUAAGGCCUACGUGAUAGGUAGGGCGUUUUUGUUGUUGUUUUGGCACAUCAGGCCUACGUGAUGCCACGUGCGUAGUAGGGUUUUUCAUGUUUUCGCACGUUAGGCCUAUCGUGUGUGCUACGUACAUAGAGUGUAUUUGUGUUCUCGCGCUCGAAGCCUUCCGUGUCAUGUUGAGAAGGCGACCGACGCACCAUUUCUCUCGUCGUGACGCCGAAUCAAAUGGAAGGUUGCAUCUAGGGGGCGCCGUCGUUGCCUAUCUAAUCCCCAUCAAGUUUGUUCACGGGUUUAGAGCUUCGGUGCAGUUUUUUUCUUUUGUUUUAUGCUACAUGGGUCGUUUCGUAUGUCGUUGUAAUCCCCAACAUUCUGGGGUCAUGGGAAAUUUCUGGGUAUAUUUUUGGCGAAGAUCAAGAUUCACCUUGGAAGUCUCCGGUUUCGUCACUGCCAACGAUUUAAUAAUUUCUUUCUCAUCG